AUACUAGUCAGUGUCAGUAAUAGUAGUUAAGUUACGUGCUUUGAAGCGGUGUACAGUAUAUGAACACCGUUCGAACAAAAUGAGCAGUUUUUAACCUCUAACUAAAUUACCUCAUACUUUAACUUAUCUUUGUUACGUAAGUAACUUAUCUAACUAUCGCCCGCUAAGCUAAUGAGCUAGGAAGAAUUGAACGGGAGCUGCUUAACUCGUUCACACGGUUGGGAGAUGAUAUGCAGUCCCCAGAUGAUCCCUAUGAGAGAUUCAUUCUGCAGCAUUUAAAGCAUUACGGACUUUUUACAGACCAGAGUUCAAAGUUUCUUCAGAGAAAUGGUACUUCAGGCAGAUUAUGGGACGGCAGCCAUGAGUCUGUGGCCACGGAUGUCCUCCAUUCAACUCCUGAGAGCACAGAUAUGGAUGAGGAACAACUACAGACACAUCAGGGACAAUUCUCUUUAAACAUGGAGAAAUAUCUACGGACCAGGCAGCUGCUAAUUGAUCUUGAUGGUGGAAGGCCUAUACCACGUCUGAGGGAACCACUGGACCUCUUUUCUAUCCCUUCCAUUUCCUGUCCCUUCCAGGGUGUUCGCUGGCCAACUGAAUGUGAAGUCGUCUGUGACAAUAUCCGUCACAUAGAAUGGGAACCUGCAGAACCAGAACCAUUUUAUAAACCAACGGGACAUGAGCCGGCACCCACGUCAUCAGGAGAGGACAAAGGAAUCACUGUAUAUUGUAUAGACUCUGCCACAAAAAUGCCGUACUUUACUCGUUCCUGUGUUGGUGGCAGCAGAAAGCAUAUAAAGAAUUUCACAUCUAGUGCCGACAGCAAAGAGACUCCUACCCUGUCUUUUGAGUCCAGAUUUGAAAGUGGUAAUCUUCAAAAAGCAGUUAAAGUUGGUCAUUAUGACUAUGAGCUCACUUUGCGCAAUGACCUGUACACCACAAAACACACACAGUGGUUCUACUUUCGUGUGAAGAACAUGAAGGCUGGUGUCAUGUAUCGUUUCACGAUUAUUAACCUGAUGAAAUCCAGCAGUCUGUAUGCAGUAGGCAUGCGUCCCCUGGUGUACUCUGAGAUUGGUGCCUGGCUGAAGGGAGAGGGUUGGUACCAUGCAGGCAACAACAUUCGGUAUUACCGGAAUCAGAAUGAAAAGGAGGGCAAACCACUCUACUCGCUCACUUGGACACUUGAGUUUCCUCAUGAAGAUGAUACCUGCUACUUGGCUCAAUCCUACCCGUACACCUACUCAGACCUGCAACGCUAUCUGCAAGCUGUGGUUUCAGACCCAGCUCGGGCAGUAUACUGUAAAGUGCGAGUACUUUGUCGAAGCUUGGCAGGAAAUUCUGUGUAUAUGCUGACUAUUACUGCACCCAGUGGCACCUGGCAAGAGCAAAGAAAUAGGCGAGCAGUGGUAGUAACAGCACGGGUGCAUCCAGGAGAAACGAAUAGCUCAUGGAUGAUGCAGGGGUUCUUGGAUUUUUUGUUGGGUAAAUCAGCUGAUGCAAGUCUACUGAGAGAAACCUUUGUGUUUAAGGUAGUGCCAAUGCUGAAUCCUGAUGGCGUGGUUGUUGGGAACUACCGAUGCUCUUUGGCAGGGUGUGACUUGAACCGCAACUAUCGAACUCUACUUAAGGAGUCAUUCCCCUGUGUGUGGUACACUCGUAACAUGGUGAAACGGUUGCUUUCUGAGAGGGAAGUAGUGUUAUACUGUGACUUUCAUGGCCACAACAGAAAAAACAAUGUAUUCAUGUACGGUUGCACCGACCGAAAGGAUACUUCACUACAUCUUCAGGAGCGUGUCUUCCCUCUGAUGAUGAGCAAAAAUGCCAAAGACAUGUUUGCUUUCAGUAGUUGCAAGUUUAAGAUUCAGAAGUGCAAAGAAGGCACUGGUCGAAUUGUAAUGUGGAGGCUCGGCAUAAGAAACAGCUAUACCAUGGAGUCAACCUUUGGGGGAUCCACUUUAGGGAGCAGAAGAGGAACUCACUUCUCUGUCAGGGACCUAAAGUCUAUGGGCUACCACUUCUGUGAUACCCUCCUCGACUUCUGUGACCCAGACCAAACCAAGACUGAACAUUGUCUGAAAGAACUGGGUGGGUUGCUGAAGCAGGACAUCACACAGAAAUUGGGCAGGGAUGUGGACACCCUGGAGGGCAUCUCUGAUGUAGACAUUGAGUCUAGUACAAGUGGAUCAAAUAGCACAGACUCAGAUAGUCUGCCUGUUCAUCUUUUAAACUGCACAGACCAGGAAUUAAAAGCCAAGAAGAAGCAUUUACGGAGCAGAAAAGAAAGAAAUAGAUUACGAAAGCAGGGAUCACAGAGUGCAAAAUCCAAAAAUCUUCAGAAAGACAGCAAGAAUACAGAUACAAUACCAUCAAGUAAAAAUCCAGUGCCUGAAUCAACUCAUGAAAAAACAGUCCCUCCAGUGCCUCCAGUGAAAGAGGGGAAGGACAAGAAACCAAAUGCACAGUCAGGGAGGGAGAAUCAGUCUGGGAGAACCUGGAUCCCACAUCCAAUUCCACGUGUUAGUCUUGCUGGCCAUGGAAAUUUUUGGAAGAAGAAGAAAGACAAGCAUGACGUAGGUUACUUUCCAGCCUUAUUUGAUGAGACUGCAGGGUCAAUAAAUCACUCCCAGAUGCAAACACAGCACCAGCCACUGAUUGUCACUGAAGUUCGCCACAGAUUAUCAUGCCUGCCAAUUCAGCAGUUUCCCAUGCUUUUCAACAAGGACGUCAAAGCAUACUCAGGAAUGAGAGGAAGAACCUCAGUUUCAAAACUCUCGCUGCAUAGGGUUGUUCCAGAGUGCAUUUCUGUCAAAAGCCUUGAGCUCACCCGCUCUGCCUACUCAGCCCACACUGCCUACCAGCAAAAUAUUAGGCAAAAAAGAACACCACAAUCAAACAGAGUUUCACUGGAAUACUACAUGCCUGAAAAACCAAGCACUACAGGCACCUUGAGGAGCAAUCUUAAAACAUAUGCAAUACCAGGACUGGCAGAACUGGAGACUGAGCAGUCCAGUGAAGCAGAGCAACUUAAUAAACAAGAAACAGGGGACUACUCUUUUUUCCCUGAUCUAGAAAGCAUUGACCGACCUGGCAAAAGUUUGAGGUUCUCAAAUCGACUUGGAGCUCUGAGGCUAGAGAUGUUACCUGGUGGGCAAGAAGAUGCAGCUUCUUCAGGCAGCUGGAGCAGUGAAGAUGGGGCCAUGCUUAACAGAGGAUGGAAAAAGAAUAAAUAAAAACAUAACACAAUCUUACAAAGAGGAGGAGUGAAAAGUUUUUACUUUGGAGAACAGCCUGGAAACAGGAAUUACCC